AACCAGUCACAGUACAGCGUUCAAGCUAUUAUUUUUGUUUAAUUCGAUUGAAUUCCAAAGUCUUUGAACCAGAAACCAUGAAUGCAAAAUAUACAUUUGUUUUGUGUUUUGCAAUGAACUACUUAGUAAUUCAAUGUGUUAAAAAUAAGAGACCCGAAAUGGAUUAUCAAAUCGAAGAAGAGCUAGCUAAAAAAUUACGAUAUUUGAACACUUCUGGACAAAACGCGGGCACUUCUCGACAAAAAGAGGACAAUUAUGGAAAAAGUGAUGAUGAGCUUUUAGAAAACUUAUACAAUACAUUCAAAGUGGAGUUAAAUAUAACUCCUGAAGAUAAAUUUACUUUGGAUCAUGCCAAUGCAGCAUUGUGCAAUCAUAAUAUGGAAGUCGUGACACUCACAGAAGAUCAAACUGCAGAAAUUAACCAAAGCGGCAUAAGCUUGAAACUAUUUGGGGACAUCGUCAGACAGAUUUGCUUAAAGAAAAACAAGGUCACAAGAAAAUUUAUUUUGUUUAUGAGGGGGUUUUCACGUUUACGUUCGCUUUGUAAAAAGUAA